AUGCUUUUCUUCCGAUACUUUCUUUUACAACUGAUUCUGGUCUAUACUUCUAUUAAUAAUAGUAAUCAAAACGAAUUCCCUUUUUUAACUAAAAAUUCUAAUCAAAGAAUUAAACGACUUUUCCAUGGUAAAUCAUCCAAAUCACAAUCGAAUAUUGAACAAUUGUUGAAAAAUAAUCAACCAAAUACUAUACUAAGUGAUAAUAGGUCAUUCUCUCGAAAUCAUAAUGAAAAACAAUCAAAAACUGAAAAUAAAAGAGGAUAUACUCAACAAAAUUUAGUUGAAAUAAAACGAAUACUUUCUAAAAAAGAAAAUGAUUAUUAUGGUAUACUUAACAUUAACAAAGAUGCAACACGAGAUAAACUUGUUAAUACUUAUAGAAAAUUAAUUUUACUUGUACAUCCAGAUAAAAUAACUGCACCUGGUGCUACAGAAGCAACACAAAGGCUUAAUAAAGCUCUUGUUGUAUUACUUAGAACAUUUGAAAAUCAAAAUAAAGGUAUCAAACGUUUUCUAAAUUUGAAAUAA